AUCCCGACCAUUGUCACUCUCUUACGCCGUUUCUUCUCUGCUGCAGAUUCGUGGAGAGCAGAAGUUGUUUGCUGAGCUCAUUGACAGCAAGGAAGCAUUCACCUUCCAUUUCGCCACUCGAAACACUGCAGCGACCAUCCGGUGGGGCUGAGAACGAUGGGCAAGAAGGGCAAGGCCCAAGGCCGCGCUGGCAAGAAGCAGAAGGCCAAGAACAACGGCAGUGCACAAAAUACACCUCGUCGUAAUUACUCCCAAUAUGACGACAGUGAUUGGGGUGACGAUGACAACCGCGUGGGUUUCAAGGGCUUCAGCGGUGCGAAGGCGAAGCCGUCGAAGUUCGGAACACCGUCAAGUGCGUCUGUAAAGUAUCGCCACCAACCGAUCUCCUUUGUGAGCGUAGGUGUGCCUCAGUCUGCCCUUGAAGAGCGGAAUCAGCAGCUCGACGAGACAGGGCCAAGCACCGGUGGAGAAUUCGACGACGACAGCGACGACGAUGACAUCGAGAUCGACGACAGUACGAUACAGACGAAUAUUCAGAUGGAAGCGGACAUCAAUAGCACUGAAGAUGGAGUGGCAAACAUGGCGCUUGACAGCUCAGAAAUCAUGGACAUUGAGGUGGAGACAACCACAGCCAGCACAGAAACACGCAUCAUUGUUGAUGCAGAGCCCGCGCGAGAGCCGACACCAGAACUGCAGUUCGUGGUCGAUACCGUGGGUGACGAAAGUCUGUCAGGCCCCAUGAGCUCGUCGAAGGCGCAGGGCAAGCGGGCAGUUCGCGAGCCCUCUCCCGCGCGAUCAGAUUCGAGCGAGGAAGUGGUCAUGUUCAAAGGACGCAACAGGCCGACAGUCAUCAACGAUCCAUUUUCCGCACCGCCCCCUCGACAGCGCGAACCUGCCACGUCUCAUGCACAAUCACAUUCACGAGCGAGCCCUCACCCGACCGACGAUCUUCUGAAGGCACUCAACGGCGGCACAGCACCUUCACAUAACGCAGCAGUGAGCAAACAUUCAGAAGGUCAGGGUUGGCGAUUGGCGCCUUCAAAGCACGACCUCACUGUCAAACCUCAAGAAGAUUGGACACCAGCACCAGCCAAUCCAUACUGGCGCAAGGGCAAGAGCAGACCACGGCCAGAUCUGGAUCCUUCACCAGCUGAGCGAGAAGCUUACGAGAGCUCUUCGUCGAAACCAUCGAAGGUGAAGUUCGCAGAGCCGGCGCCGGCCAAGCCAGACAUGGGAGCAGCAGACACCAUUCAAUCGCUCCAAGCUGAUUGGAAAGAGGCGUUACGAGAGAAGAAGGCUUCAAAGAAGAGCGAGAGCAAGAGCGCAUCGAAGUCCGAUCGGAGGGGGAAGCGUGGCAGAAAGAAGGAUAAUCGCCAACUGCGUGCAAACAUGACAUCAGAAGACGAAGACGAAGACGGAGAAGCUGCAUAUGAUGAUUACAUGCAAAAUCUCAUCGCACAGAUGGAAGAGGAGGGAACUUCGAGCGACAACUUCUUUGCUGAGAUGAAAGCGAAUGCAACGCUGGGUGGCCCGUCACUGGUGGUCGAUGGGCGCGAAGUGCCAGACGACGAGCUGUUGAAGCACGCACGCGUAGAUGACGAGGCAGAAGUUGACGAUGAUCACGAAGAUUGGGAGAGCGUCGAUGACAGCGAUGAGGACGACGACUCGUCCAUCAAUCCUGACAUGGACGAAUUGUCUUCUGACGGUCUAGAGUCCGAGCUUGAGUACAACGAGCAAGAAAUGUGGGAAGAUGAGGAAGAUCUUCGACAGCGGCGCCAGGACAUGAUGACUGACGAGCAGAUCGCGAGACUGUUGGCCAAGCAAGAGGAGUUCGGAAUGGACGGAGACGAGCUCAUGAUCGACGAUGGCGGCGUGUACGGCUCGGACGGCGGAUUUGGUGAUGUGGAAGCUGCUCGAAGAGGUCUUGCCAACAUCACCAACCUCACGCCCGGCAGAGCGCCAAACAGAAAUGGCACACGAAGAAGUGGUCGUGACAAGAAGAACAACUUUGUCAGUGCAUCGCUACUUGCCGACACUGUGGAACAGUAUGGUGAGAACGGCUUCGACGUCAUGGACUUUGAGCGACCGUCAUUGCGCCCUCGCAAGAAAGGACGAAAAGGACAACUGCCUGCCGAGCUCGAGAUCCUUUCCGACGAAGAUCUCAAGGAGACUCUGAAUGACCAGUGGAAUCGAGACCGAUCGAAGAAGGCACAGAAGAAACUCGAGCGCGAGGAGCUGCGUCGCGAAGGACUCCUGGGAUCCUCUGGCAAGAAGGGCAGAGCUCAUCUGGGCACCAAGUAUCCUCUCGGCAUGAACAUGCGCAACGUCCACGACGAGCUGCGAGAGUUCUUGCAAGACGAGGACCUCAACCAGCGAGCUUUCCCACCCAUGGACAAGACCGACCGGGCGGCUCUGCACAAUAUCUGUAAUGCCCUCAACCUCACUUCUCGAUCGCAGGGAGCGGGUAAGAACCGCUUCCCGAUCGUGUCCAAGACUUCGAGAACUGGUGAAUACUCCGAGGAGAUAUUCGUCAAGAUCGUGCAAGCGUCAACGAGAGGGUUCUUAUCGAAUCGCUCCACGGCGAAGAAGUUUGCAAAGAAGGCUGGUAAAGGUGGUGGAAGAGGCGGUGGCUUCGAUAAAGCAGCUGUUUCGGUCAGGCACGGAGAGGUCGUUGGUGCUGCGGCUCCGGAGAUCAGUCAUACCAGUUUUGGAGCCAAGCUUAUGGCAAAGCAUGGCUGGACGAAGGGCAUGGGCCUCGGCAAAGACAACGAAGGACGAACGGUGCCGGUGGAGCAGAUCAUGAGGAUCGGAACUGCUGGGCUGGGUUAGACCUGUACAGAUGUUUGUGCCAUGAUGGUCAUGGUCGAUGUAAAUUCUCGUCUGGCAGCAUCAUAUGCUCUGUUUCUGCUUCUCAGUGCAUCCUGCGAUGUGAAUGUGGCUUGUUGGCGCAUUUGCUGCUCACGCUAGAGGGAUAGACAUAGAUUCUUCGGCCUGAGGCUGGGCCUUAGGGUUAGCCUUAGGGUUACUUGGGGUUAGAUGGCGACGACGACGAAGAUGCCC